AUGCCAGUGACGGGCGCUGUGGGAGUUGAAGGAGCUAAGGCCUUUUCCUCUGUGUUUCUAGAAAAUACUACAAUUGCAUCCCCGCAGCUCUCAGGAAAUGAAUUUGGGGAUCGUGCAGCGACGUAUUUUGCUGGUGAAGCGGAUGUUCGGGGUCUGAGUCACGACACGUUUGGUGACGGGGCAGGAGUUGAAAUUCUUGGAAUGGCAAUAGCAGAAAACAUCGAAUUAAAGGACUUUAAGAUCAGCUGGAGUCAUUUCCAUAGCAAAGGGGCAGCUGCCUUGGCCAAAGGCUUCAGGGUAGGAAAUUGUGCGGAAGGAUAUUUCUCCAGGGCUGAAUCAAGCGACAGGGAGAUUUCAGUUGUGUGUUUGUGUCGCACCACAGGUAAGUGUGUUCCUUACAGUGUUUCCUGCGGUGGCUUUGGCAGCAGAGGAGCAGCUGCCCUGGGCGAAGCUUCUAAAGCCAGCAAGGAAGAGCUCAGCGCCGGCAACAACCGUAUUUCAACGGAAGGAGCUCUGCACAUUGCAGCUGGACUGAAGGAAAACAAGACUCUGAAAAGACUUAACAUGAUCAGAAAUCCCACGCAGACUGCAGGUUGCUGUGGGGUCCUCAGAGCUCUACCAACCAAUUCUAGUGCUGGCGUGGAGACCUGGACUUGCCACUCAGUGUUGCACGAGGAAGAAGAGGGAAGGCAGAGGCUGAAUGUUACGGACAUCCCUGUGAACGAAGAGCUUGCAGAGCGCUGCGAUGCUGUGAAGGUACUCCUCCUACAUCUUCUUCUCAGAUAUGGUGGAAACAUGAAGUUGCAGAGGAAAUGUCAGUUGAAGGUUGAGCUUCGGAAUCAGCCCGAAGCGGCAGGAAACCCCCAGAACACAGUGGCUGAAAACCAGUCUCCUUGGGGCCGCUUCUUGAGCGCCUCUGCCCAACGCCCUGCGUGCUCACUGAGCCUGUGACACAAGGAUGUGCCGGGGCAGUGCUAAGGCAGGAUCUGUGUGAAUAUUGGCUGAUAUUGGGGAGUUUUUCUGCCUUUUCUCUUUAAAAUUUUGGCUACAACCAGCUCUGAGUCUCUUCCAGCACACGCAAGAGCAUCCUCAGGGGUGAGAGUCCAGUGUCUCCUUUAUAAUCAUCAUCUUUGUGUGUGGAACCUCAUGCACUGCAGCUGCUGCUGAU